GAGGCUUCGCUCUUGUCUUCCUAGUCAAAGGCAGCGGUGGAGUGCGGUAUGCGCUCAAGAGAAUGUAUGUUAAUAAUGAACACGACUUAGAAGUGGCAAGAAAUGAGAUUAACAUUGCGAAAAUGCUUAAUGGUCCCCGGACAGUGGUCGGUUACGUGGACUCGGGCGUCACGCACACUGGGGGUGGCGUGUACGAGGUCCUCCUACUUAUGACAUUUUGUCGCAAGCAUCUCCUGCAUCUUAUGAAUGACAGGCUCAACAGUGGCUUAACAGAGGCAGAAGUACUCAAGAUUUUCUGUGAUGUAUGUGAUGCAGUUUCAAGACUCCACCACAUAAACCCUCCCAUUAUUCAUCGAGAUUUAAAGGUUGAAAACAUCCUGAUAAGCACCGAGGGCAGCUAUGUCCUGUGCGACUUCGGCUCUGCAACCUCCCGCGUUCUGUGUGGGACGACAGACGGCAUUACCCGGGUGGAGGAGGAAAUCCAGAGAUACACCACGCUGGCCUACCGUGCCCCCGAGAUGAUCGACUUGUACCUAGGGAAACCUAUCACCACCAAGUCGGACAUUUGGGCAUUAGGUUGUAUGUUGUAUAAGCUGUGCUUCUUCACAUUGCCAUUUGGUGAGAGCCCCCUCGCCAUAUCUUCGGGAAACUUCUCCAUUCCAGACAAUGCAAAAUACUCCAAGUCCUUACAAGCCCUUAUCCGCUACAUGCUAGACCCUGAUCCUGAGACACGUCCAGACAUCUACCAGGUAGCCAGCGUGACCUUCAUGCUGGCUGGGAGAGAGUGCCCUGUCAGAAAUGUCAAUAACGUCACUGUGCCGUCAUUAGACCAGCUUUGCCAGAUGGUCAGUGAGAGAGAACAGCAAUCGUCAGUGAAGGUCAGCCGUGCCCCCAUAGUGCCAGUGAUAGAAAGUACUUCGGUCGCCCCACGGCAGCGGCCAAAGGCAUCGCAGCAUCCUGGUUCCUUAGGGGGUCCUGUGGGGGCUCUCCCUCUAGGUCCUCCACUACAGAACACUCAAGGUUUGAAAAGAAACAUAGGAGUGCCAUCCAGUGACAGUGGUAAUGUCCAGCAGCAAUCACAACAACCGGGCCAACAGCAGCAAACGCAGCAGCCACAGCAACAACAACAAACACAGAUAACACAACAACAAGCACCACAACAGCAGCAGCCACAGCAGCAACACAGUCAAGCAUCGCAGCAGCAAACACAGUCCUUAGGGGAUGUGAGCCCCACCACAGCUUUUCCCCCUGCGGCAUUGUUUGGGUCUGAGACCUUCCCUCCCACCCACCAGUCAUUCCCCGCUAGUCAGUAUGGGCCUUCAACAGGAGGAGGGACAGCUCCAGCAGGAACAGCCAGCAGUCAGCCCCCGAGCUUGAGCACUCAGCCUUGCUCUGGGUCUAUGGAGGCAUUUUUCCCACCUUCAGGCUAUCCAGACCCCUUUCGGGAAGGUGAGGUUGAGUCGGCAGUUUGCGGACCCCACUCCAUGAGCAGCAGUGUUGAGGGGUUGUUCUUGCCCCCCCCAGGCAACAUUGGCAGUGGACCCCAGAGCUUGUCACUCAGCCAGGGAUCCAUCGGGGGAAGUGGUGGAGCACUGCCAGGCUCGGCAGGGCUUGGGGCGGCCGGGAUGGGUGGUAGCGGUGGUGCUGUGGCUACAGGACUUGUCAAGUAUGAGAGCGAUACCUCCGGCCUGAGCCUUCACCAGCACCACUUACCCUCGCAGGUCUCACCCACACAGUCGCAGCAUCCCAGGGUGCACCGCAGGAAUGUGUCUGAUACUUCCGCCUUCAACAAGACCUUUGCCAGUGAGACAACGCAGUUCCUGGCCCCCUUUGAGACUUCAGUGAAGUCUGCGGAGAGAGAAGCAGGACCUGCCAGCACCCCCCAGACUGAGGAUGGUUCACAGGAAGGUCUAGUCAGCUCCGACGUAAAUUUGGCCGCAGCAGAAGUCCGAGCGUGGAACCCCUUCAAUGACAUGACGCCCUUCAGUCAGAUGUCGGAGGAUCACAUCUUUGGUGCUGAGUUUGACAAGAUCCGAAGGGGAUCUCAAAGCAGUAUAUCAAAUGUAAAGAGUAGAGAAAGUUUAGUAAUGUCCACAGAAGAUGACCCGUUUGGUGCAGCACCAUUUAGCAUCCCUGGUUCGCGUCGGGGGAAAAGUACGGGCAAAAAUGAGUAUGAAGGCCGGAUGAACAGCACCGAGGAAGUCGUUACCUCUCCUACUGAGCAGGCUUCUGGUGGAGGUAAUGAAGUUUAGCACUUUAUUGAAGAGUUCAAUGUGUAAACCA